CUCACUCAUCUAUCCAUGAUGUGCUUGGAACUGCCUAUCACUCUUCGUGCAACCCUCAACUGCAGCUUUGCUUGACAUCCAACUGGAAGCACUGCAGCGCAGUACCGUGAUGGUCCAAUCCGUUUUACCAGGACGGAAAACUUCAGUCUAAGUUCCAAACACUCCAACUGUUAUGCCAUCAAGAGACCUGGUGCCAACUUAGCAGGACCUCGUUUCCUGAGUAUGACCAAUUUCACUCCUUAUGCCUGGCUACUUCUUUCACAUUGCUUUGGAACUCUAUGAAACCAACGCUCCAGAGCUCCCGUGCAAAUCUGAUGCGACCGUCUUCGUUCCUCCUCCGACCACCGAUAUCUUCGAUUCUUCACUGCCCAUGCAUGGUGUGGACUCGUGGACCGCCAGGCCAAGCUUAGAGAGGAACCGAAUACAGAUCGGUGGAGAUAAUUUCGGAACACCCUCCGACACAGAACCGCUAGAACCGAGCACUCGAAUCGAAUCCACACCACACUCUUCUGUUAGCCACCAUCCAGCGGACGUUGAGGGAUUAGCAAACGCCAAGAAAGAUUGGAGGUUUGGCCCGGUCACAAUACAGAGCAUCGAGAUGGAGCCCUUGGAGGACCGAGGGGGCCGUCUACGAGGCAAGUCAUUCGCAAAUGCCGGCGAGUCUGCCUCGGACGGCCUAUCAACCCGUGGCCGCUACGUGCCGUCGAAUGGAAAAGACACCGAUGUCGGCUGGGGAAUUGUGCAUUUGUACAGGGAGUCCCAGGCAACCUCAGGCCUUGACAGCAAGGACGCAGCAACCGCUCACACGAUAGCCCAGAAUGCGAAAACCGAAGGGGAAGCAGGCGCUUCGUUCGAUGCGGAGACAUGCACCACAUUAUGCAUAGUAGCAGUGCCGUCAUACAUGACUCCCUCCGAUCUUCUGGGUUAUCUUGGGGAGGAAACACGCGACGCGGUCAGUCAGUUUCGGCUGAUUAAGACAGGACGAGCAAACAAAUAUAUGGUCCUCAUGAAGUUCCGUCAUCCCAAGAUCGCAAAGCGGUGGCAGCGGGAAUGGAAUGGAAAGGCGUUCAACAGUAUGGAUCCGGAGACAUGUCACGUCGUAUUCGUCAAGUCAAUCAAUUUCCAGACGCCGGGGACCGGUCGAGGACCGUCAAGCUUUCCCACGAUGACCGAUGACCCCUUCACCCCAACCGCCGAUUCGAAGCCGACCGCGCCGCUACCCUCUGGCGCGAAUUCUAGCUCGCUUAUCUCGAAGCCGUUGCCGCCACCGACACCAUCUCUGGUCGAGCUCCCGACUUGUCCGGUCUGUUUGGAGCGCAUGGACGAGACUUCCGGACUGUUGACGAUUCUCUGCCAACAUGUCUUCCAUUGCGCAUGCCUGGAGAAGUGGAGGGGAAGUGGCUGUCCGGUUUGUCGGUAUACUCAAAACGAUGCGGUUAACGGUCGCAUGAUCGGUGAUGCAUCAGACAAUCAAUGUAGCGUUUGUGGAUCAACCUCGAACCUUUGGAUAUGUUUGAUAUGCGGAAACGUCGGCUGCGGCCGAUACGACUCGGCUCACGCGUUCGCGCAUUACGAAGCGACAUCGCACAGCUUUGCUAUGGAUAUUGCGUCCCAGCACGUCUGGGACUAUGUGGGCGACGGCUAUGUUCACCGACUGGUCCAAAACAAGGCCGAUGGGAAACUGGUGGACUUGCCUGCUGCAUACCCCCACACGUCGGCCCAUGCAAACGGAGGCAUGGUGGCCAUGGGCGCAGAUACGGUUCCUCGGGAGAAGCUUGACAAUAUGGGCCUCGAAUACACGUACCUAUUGACAAGUCAGCUCGACAGUCAACGACUUUACUUUGAGGAACAGCUGGAACGUGCAGUUGACAAAGCUUCGAAGGCGGCAGCGGCAGCGGAAAAGGCAGAUGCAGCAGUCCAAUCCCUGUCAGAAAAGCUGGCUGCGGUGACCGUAGCUGGUGACGAGGAUCGCAAGGCUAUCGGAAGUUUGGAGAAAGAAGGGCUGCGCAUGUCGAAACGAGUGGAGAAAGGAGAUGCCCUAGCCAGACGCUUUGAGAAGGACUGGAAUGAAGAGAAGACGAUGAACAAAGCCUUGUUUGAGAAAGUGAAGUUCCUGGAUCAUCGAAUGAAGGAUGUCACAGAGAAAUGUGAGAAGCUGGAGGCGGAGAAAAAGGAUCUUGAGGAACAGAAUCGGGACCUCAGUUUCUUCAUCAGCUCGUCAGAGAAACUUAGGCACGAGGGAGUGGAGGAGGAUGUCAAAGAGGGGUUUCUUGAGGUGCCUGCUACACAACAAGGGGGUGGGAAGCGGAAAGGUAGAAAGCAUUGAACGAUGCGAUGG